AUGCAGCUCGAAAAAUCGAAUCUCCCAUCUCUAAGAAAGGGAGGUGGAGAAUCGCGAACAGCAUUAGGAGCAGCAACAUCAUCAUCUUCAAUCUUCUCGCGCUCUAGGAGAUCGACUUCUAGCUUGCUAAGUAUGGGAAGUGAUGCCCAAUCUUCCGGCUCAUCAAUGAAAGGCAAAAAUCAGUUCAAACCUGUUUCAUACUUUACAGAAAAACUUAUUACUCCAUCAACUGAUGUAGUAAGAAAGUUCCAUUCAAUACAACGUAAAUACAAAAACUCUAUUUCAGCUUUUAUAUCAGAAAAAGAACAGAUCAAGGUAUCUAUGGAGCGUGAGAGAGCUCAUAUUGAUACUUUAAUUCAAGAAAACGAAGAACGUGAAGCUAAUAUUCGUGAAACACUUGAAGUCCUUAGAUCAACAAACAAAACACAGAAAGUUAAAUCAAAACCACCAUCAAUCGAGCAAUUACGUAAGAUUGCAAAUACAAUCAUGAGGGAAGGUUUGAAAUUCAAAAAACUUUCUGAAAAUCAACAAAGAAUUGAUAAGGAAACUGUUGGUGUCGAAGUUGCUGAAGAUAAAUUAGAUUUGAAUCAAAAUCUUGGAGACGAUUCUUCAUUCGACAAAGUUAUGGAGUUGCAACGCAAGAAACUUUCAUCUAUUGUUUUCCAAAACGAAAACUCUAAAAUGAAACUUGAAACAACAAUGUCAAAUCGCGAUAUGCUUAAUCGUGUGAUUUUCGACCAUAAUACAAAUAAAGAAGCCCUUAAGCUUAAGAUGGAAAACCUUACAGCUGAAGGAAAAAAGCUUGUUUCAGAAUUCGAAACAAAACUUAAUCAUUAUGCGAAAAUAUUAGGCGAACUCAAAUGGAAGAAUGAAGUAGUUAAGGAAUGUAAUAUGAUUGCAAAGCUUCCAAAGUCUUCAUAA